CUCCACACACACACAGGCUCACCACUCUCCACACACACACAGGCUCACCACUCUCCACACACACACAGGCUCACCACUCUCCACACACACACAGGCUCACCACUCUCCACACACACCAGCCAUGCCAUCCCCGUCAGACUCCAGCAGUGUAGUGUCUGCCUCUGGGUCUAGGGGCUGGUCAGAUAGCUGCCGGGGCAUGUCUGGCCGUCAGGGUGGGGCCAAACUGCUGCUGUACCUGGGGCUGUGCCACCUGGGCCUGGGGGCCAUGGUCCUGGCCUUCUCCUUCACCAGCAUGGCCUUCACAUCCUCAGCCCGCGUCCGACAGUCCUGCCCCUUCUGGGCCGGCUUCUUUGUUGUGGCAUCAGGGUUAGUUGGACUUAUCUCAUGGAGAAGACCACUCACUCUGGUGGUGUCCCUCUUCAUGCUGCUGUCUGCUGUGUGUGUCAUCCUUAGUCUGGCUGGAUCCAUGCUCUCCUGUCAGAACGCACAGAUGGUUAAGUCACUCCUCACCUGCCAGGUGGAGAAUGGGUUGUGUGUGUGUUGUGCCCCAACACACUCCUGCUCUAUAAACGAGGAGGAGACCCUGGUACUCUACCUAAACGCAGACUGCCACUCUGUCAGACAUCAGCUCAAGGACCUGUUGUUCAGUGCUUGUGGUCUGAGUAUUCUCUCUACCAUCAUCUGUACUCUCUCUACUGUCACCUGUAGUAUACACAUCUUCUCCCUGGACCUAGUGCACCUGCUCGCCCCGCACCGCUCUCGCUCCGUCAACCCAGAAUGCACCACUCCUCAGGACGCCUUCCUGACCAACAUCAUGGACUUUGAGGAGUUUGUCCCGCCCAUCCCUCCGCCCCCCUACUACCCCCCUGAAUACACCUGCAGCUCUGAGACAGACGCACAGAGUAUCACCUAUAACGGGUCGAUGGAGAGUCCAGUUCCUCUGUACCCCACUGACUGUCCCCCUCCUUACGAAUUAGUGAUGGGACAGAGAGCAGCUAGCCAGGCCACGGUGUUUGACAGCCAUGGAAAUGAGCUGUCUGGAGAGAGGGCCACAUCCACGGCCUUCAGCGGAGAGGUCUCCAUGGACAGUGGUUCUCUGUUGAUGUCGGAGAUCAUUGACAUCCCAGACGACUCCUCACCUUCAGAGGACUCCUGCCUCGUGGGGGACGGGGGAGAAGGAGGGGAGUAUAUGAGCUUCCGUGGCCCCCCUCCCCAAGCCCCGGAGAGUCCCCUGGUAGAGAGUCCCCUGGUGGGCCCCAGGACCAGGCGAUGCUACAGAGGAGAGAGGUCCAACUCCUGCUCCUCAUCUAGUACUGCUACAGCUACGUACAGGUCUCCAGUGUUGAGGCGACAGGCUAUGUUGGCCAGUAGUUGUUCCCAGUUGGAGCUGCUAGGGUGCUCCUCUAUCCUAGAGAAACGAGUCAGACUUUGCACCCCUUUACGACGCAGUUCCACCUCUGCAGCUCCUCCCACUUCCUCAUCCUCAGCUGUCAAUCAGCAGGGUGGUCAGGGCAACGGGGUACCCCUCCCCCUACAGCCGCUGUACCUGCGUCGUCAGGGCGGAAGGAGCGAGAGGGGGGAUAGUGAGGGGCUUCUGCCCCUAGUGAGGUCACACAGCGAGCCUGGCCUCAGCUCUUCUGCUGAUACAGCUCCUUCUCUUCUCUCCCCUCCCUCUCUCCUUUCUCCCCUCACUCUCUCCUCUCUCCCUCCCUCUCUGCUCUCUCCCUCCCUCUCUGCUCUAGUAUACUUCAGUGGUGGCUCAGUGGGCAGUAAAGGAGUGAGGGAGGGCUCUCAGACCUCUACAGACACAGGUCCAUCCUCCGAGGCAUGCCUACUACCCCGCUCCUCUCUGGUGCCCCCCUCAAACCUCCUCCCCAGGAAGGUUAGUGUGAAGGCAGCCACCAUGGGGCGCACCUUGCCCCUCUCCAAAGGCCCUGCCAACUCUCCCUUGCACCUUCCCAAAGAAUGCAACCGCUCUCUUGGGGAUCUCAAGGUGAAGAGGGGUUUGGUGGCUCGCUUCCUGCAGCGCUCCAAACGGAACCUGGCGUCUGCCGCAGAGCAUUCUGGGAACACGGGACAGGGUCAGAAAAGGAGAGGCGGGGUGGAGGGCAAUGGGACAGGCCAUCUCCCUUUAGAGCAGGUGUUACGUAACUCCUGGGGGGCCAGCCAGGGAUCCCACCCGCCAUACCCUCAUCACCGUGGUCACCACCACUCCCAUAGCGACAGCCGCCACAACCGCCAUCAUAGCAACCAACCCCCUGUGACGGAGGGGAUCCACUUGCGCAGCUGCGGCGACUUAAGCUCCUCCUCCUCUGCGUCGCUAUGGCGAUUACUGACGGCCAACCCCCCUCACGGGUCAUCAGGGGCACUGUACACAGAGUCAGCCCUGUAAGAGGGGGAGGAGGGAGGAAAGAUGGGAGGGGAUGGGGAGGAAAAGGAGAGGAGGCAGAAAGUGUACCCACACAGAGGAGAGUGGAGACAUGGUAUGGUCUAAUGAAGAAGAGAUACAAAGGGAGGAGGAGAGGUGGAGGAUGGUAGGAUAAUAUAAUAAUAAUAUAUGCCAUUUAGCAGACGCUUUUAUCCAAAGCGACUUACAGUCAUGUGUGCAUACAUUCUACGUAUGGGUGGUCCCGGGAAUCGAACCCACUACCCUGGCGUUACAAGCGCCAUGCUCUACCAACUGAGCUACAGAAGGACCACUGAGUUAGACAGGGGAGAGGAAGGAUUAAGGAACAGGCUACUGACAUAUCCUGAUGGGCGGUGGAGGGAGUCAGCACUAUGAGGAGGGAACGACUGGACCUUUGCUACAGCCUUGUUCCAAUACUUUCAACAUGCAUCCUACCGCUUUCCCUUCCUCCUUCCCCUUGGAGCCCUCCUCUGCACCUGCGCCUGGCCUUCCUUUCCUGAACUUUGACCUCUCAACUAACCUCCUACCUUCAACCUCCACCUAGCCAUACUGAAAACAACUCUAUCUGUCCUCUCCAACUCUCUGGGAUCUCUCUCUAACUUCAAGAGUAGAGAGGAUGGAGAUAAGGAGUUUCCCCUAGACUCUGAGCUAUGGUCAGUUUAGUGUUUCUCCUCCUAAUGGUUAAGGUUAGGAUCAGUGGAGCAUAAGCUGAUCCUAGAUCUGUGUCUAAGGUAAACACUUUUCUGGAGCUGUGAACAUCACUCUUACACGAACCGCAUACACUCAUUAAACUGCUCACUCUUUUUCAAAACUCAAAUGUACGUUCAUUUGUCCAGCUCUUCAUCCGGAGCGAAACUCACUUUAAGUGUUCAUGGAACUCACCUUUUUGUCUUCCACUUGUGAAAUGGUUAACCUUCCUUUUCUCCUGAUGACACUGUAAAAUGUACAGAAAAAUGUACACUCGUUUUGCCCACUGACAGUGAAAGUUUAAUGGCCUGCUAGUGUCGCCGUAUGUUUACAAACUUACAUUGUUAUUAUUUUAGUAUUUUUUUUUGUGGUUAUUUUUCUUGAGGUAAAAUCAACAUGUAAUCCUCAACACCCCUUACCUAGUCCAUCUCCAAACUGCCUUCAGAAGAAAGGUGCCCCAAACUCAAAACUCACACACCAUCUACCCCAAACUCAAAACUCACACACCAUCUACCCCAAACUCAAAACUCACACACCAUCUACCCCAAACUCAAAACUCACACACCAUCUACCCCAAACUCAAAACUCACACACCAUCUACCCCAAAC